UCUGCUAGUUCCCACCCUCGGACUUCUUAGCCCCUGGAAUGCGAGAGAGGCUCAGGGAGUUCCCGGAGUGGGGCGUAGAGGGAGCCACUGGUGGCGACCUUCCUAGGGUCCCUUUCCCUUCGUGGGGUGCUAUGGAGUUCCCAGAACACAGCCAGCAGCUGCUGCAGAGCCUCCGAGAGCAGCGGUCCCAGGGUUUCCUUUGUGACUGCACGGUGAUGGUGGGUAGCACCCAGUUCUUGGCCCAUCGGGCUGUGCUGGCCUCCUGCAGCCCAUUUUUCCAGCUUUUCUACAAAGAGCGGGAACUGGACAAGAGGGAUCUGGUGUGUAUCCACAACGAGAUUGUCACAGCUCCAGCCUUUGGGCUGCUUCUGGACUUCAUGUAUGCUGGCCAGCUGGUCCUGAGGGGGGAUACCCCUGUGGAGGAUGUGCUGGCAGCUGCCAGCUACUUGCACAUGAAUGAUAUUGUCAAGGUGUGUAAGCGGCGGCUGCAAGCCCGGGCCCUGGCAGAGGCGGAUAGUACCAAGAAGGAGGAAGAAACCAACUCACAGCACCCUAAUUUGGAGUUUUUGUCCAGCACUUCCCGUGGCCCCCAACCUUCGUUGGCAUCUGCAGAGACAUCAGGCCACUGGGGCAAAGGGGAAUGGAAAGGCUCAGCAGCUCCCUCACCUACCGUCUGUCCUCCAGAUGAGCCACCGAUGCCGGCUGGGGCUGAUACUACACAACCUGGCGUGGAGGUUGACUCACCGCAUCUGCGGGCACCUCCUCCACCAGUGGCUGAUGUCUCUCUUGCCAGCCCCAGUAGCUCCACGGAGACCACCCCUGCAAACUACUUCUCUUCGGGCCUCCCAAUGGUUUCAGUGGAGCCACUGGCUCCCCUUGAUGUGGUUUCUGAGAAUCUGAGGGUGGUGGAACCAAGGGGAACUGGAGGACCACUGCAAGGCUUCUAUCCCCCAGCUUCGGCUGCAGUCCCAGUCCCAGCCCCAGUUCCAUCCCAGGCUCCAGCCCCAGCAGAAGCGGAGCUGGUCCAGGUGAAAGUAGAAGCUAUUGUGAUUUCCGAUGAGGAGCCCGAUGCCUCGGAGGAACAGCCUCGGGGUCCUGAGGGACUGUUCCCACCUGGAGGAGCAGUGUAUGGUGAACAGCCCCCCCAGCCAGAGGCCUUUGAAGAGCCAAGGGCAGCAGGACUGGAGGAGGUGGGGGCCAGUGACCACUUCCUGCCGCCAGAUCCUCACCUACCCUACCAUUUGCUGCCAGGUCCAGGGCAGUAUCAUCGAGGACUGGUGACCUCACCCCUGCCUGCUCCACCCGCCCUGCACGAGCCACUCUACCUGCCUCCUGAGUAUGAAGCAGCCCCAGGAAGCUUUGGGGUUUUUACUGAGGAUGUUCCCACUUGCAAGACAUGUGGGAAGACCUUCUCAUGUUCUUACACACUACGGCGCCAUGCCACAGUGCACACGCGUGAGCGACCCUACGAGUGCCGCUACUGCCUGCGCAGCUACACGCAGUCAGGGGACCUGUACCGCCACAUCCGCAAGGCUCACAAUGAGGACCUGGCCAAACGCAGCAAACCGGAUCCAGAGGCUGGCCCCCUCCUGGGAGUGCAGCCCAUCCCUGGCUCCCCGACAGCAGACAGACAGAACAGCAGUGCUGGAGGGCCACCCAAAGAUUUUGUACUUGGCCCCAAAAACUAACAUCUGUGAGAGCACGCCCUGAUGCUAGGCCUGCUCUUGCCACCAUUAGGGGGCAGCACGGAAGGUGGGAAGCAUCUCAUUUCCCCUGCUGGGGACAGAAUGAAGAUUCUGCCCAGGCUGUAGGUUCCUACCCUUUUCUUUUCCCAGCCAGAUAGCAGGACUUUAUGGGGCAUCGCAUCUCAGUCAACUGCUCACCAAGGGCACUGGGAAUUUUCCUGCGGUGUAAUCGCUUCUCACUCUGCAUUUGGACCCAUAAAGCUAGCAGUGAAAAGUAUCUCUCUGAACUGGUCUUGGCUGGUUUCUUCCACAAACCUGCACGCCUGCUGAUUCUUUCACAGCUCUCCUCCAGACCUAGGAAUCUGAUACCUGUACUUGGGGUAGGGGUGGGGGUCAGGUUGUUUAUGAAGAAAAAAGUGAGAGAGGCAGAGGGCAGUGUAGACUUUAUUUAGGAAAAGUGUACAAAUUAGGGAAUUUCACACAAUUAUGGUUUAUUGUUGUAGUUGAGCUCCUCCUGUGUCCUGGGCUGUACUGGGGACAUAAAUACAUAAAUACUCAUUUAAUCCUCAACAACUUUAUGAGGUAUUAUCCCUCUCCCCGCUUUUUUCCCCACAGACAAGGAAACUUGAGACUGAACAAUCAACAUUAACUUGUUCUGGGUCACAGAGCUAGUUAAGGGGCAAGCCAGAAUUUGAACCCUGGCUUAUGACUUCAGAUACCAUGCUGGUUUAAAACACUGUUGAAAAUGGUUAACUUUGAACUAGAAGUUGUUUUCUUUUUUGAUCUUUUGAGUGUUUGGUUUUGUUGCCUUACCCCUUUCCCUCUGCUUUCCAUGUAGAAAGACCUUUGAUUGACUGUUUCAACAACAGAUACCGUAUUGAUGACUUGAAAUUUUUGCCUGCAUGUCUUUUUUUUUUUUUUUUGAGGUACGCGGGCCUCUCACUGUUGUGGCCUCUCCCGUUGCGGAGCACAGGCUCCGGACGCGCAGGCUCAGCGGCCAUGGCUCACGGGCCCAGCUGCUCCGCAUGUGGGAUCCUCCCGGACCGGGGCACGAACCCGUGUCCCCUGCAUCGGCAGGCGGACUCUCAACCACUGCGCCACCAGGGAAGCCCUGCCUGCAUGUCUUAAAUGUGCAUUGAGGUCUCUGAAGAUGACAAACUGGAAGGCAGAAAACACCAAGCUCCACGGUGGUAGGCGUGUGGGGGCAGGUUGAGGACUUGUGAAAUGGAAAUGAUGGGCGCUUGGGAAAACUAAAGCAACAAACUCUAGAUGAGACAAUCUUAGAGUUCAUCUGGUCUAACUCCCUCACUUAAAAGGUGUGAUGACAGCCUAGACAGGUCAAAUUACUCAGGUACGGUCACACAUGUGAUUACUGACGGUAGAGAUAGCAAAGAAAUGGGAAUUUGGGGUGUUGAUGUGGCAUGGGGGGAAAAAGCAUUCUAGGAAUGUAAGAGAAGGGUCUGCCCCUGCCUGUGGUGAAGAGUGGUGUUUGUAGGAUGGACCAGAGGGCUCCCCACAAACUCUCUCUCUUUGGCACAUAAGGAACUGAAUGCAAAAAAAGCAGGAAGGGGUAUUUAGAAAAAGAUGAAAAUAUGAGUGAAUUUUCUGUAUUUCUUCUCUCUCUUUUUGUAUUUGUCACAUUCAGCCCUGUGAACUCGCACUAGCAAGCCGUUUUUGAGUCAUAGGAAGGAGACAGAGCUGAGCAUCAAAGAUUUGGCCAAAGAAAGCUCCUUACUUGGGGUAUGAUAGGAAGCAAAAGUUGACGCUUAACAUUUCCAUGGCUGAGACUGAAUUCUGCGCUUUUCAUUUCCCUUGUGUUGGAAUAAUCUUUUAUUUUUCAAAUGGCUAAUUUUAUUUAUGCAAAUAUAUUACUGCCUUAACUCCUUGGUGAAACAAGGCAAGAUAUACAUACAUACAGUAAGAGCUAUUUUAGCUGACUGGAGCACCUUUUCCUGGAGUAUCACAUCAAAAUGCCUAUAAGAAUCAGUUGCCUUGAAAAGAGUGAAAUUUAUGGUAUGUGAAUUAUCUAUCAAUUUUUUAAAAAAGGAGGGGGGAACAAAGAAAUCGGUUGCCUCAGAACAUCAGUUCCUAAAAGCAAGGCGUAAUAAAUAUGUGUACAUGUAUAUAUAAUGUAUAUAAUUUCUCUGGACCAUCUGGGGAACACAGGAACCUUGUUACUGUCUCGGCCAAGUGCAAUACUUAACUAAAGAGGAUGUGUUACUUGGUGAGAUUCUCCUGAAGAGCAAGCAUUUGCCUUUAGUUCCCAGCACGGAAUGCUUUCUUCAUUGGAGGUGGCAGCCAAGAAUUUGCAAGAUGUUUAAAGCAGCAGCCAACACAAUUACGGUCACAGUUACCUCACUUUACCUAUCUGCUGGACACCAAGAACAGUUUAGGCCUGUCUGUAGAGGUGUGAUCAAGAGAACUUCCUCUGGUUUCCACUACUCUUGACAGUCCCAUCCAUGGAUUCAACGAACCAUAGGCCAGCUCAUGAACCUCUAGUCCAACGCUGGGUCCUCCUUUUGCCAAGUGUUGGAAGAGAACUCACUAUUCCCAAAGGAAACAUAUUCUACUGUUGGACAACCCUAAUUGUUGGAUAAUUAUUCCUUCUACUAAGCCAGAAUCGGCCUCUUUUUAUGGUGGGAUGGGCCAGGUCCCAGGCUAUUAAGAGUUUAACCCUGAGAAGUUAUUUGCUUUUGAGCUACAAGCUGAUUUAGUUUUCAGACAACCACCCUUUGCUCUCCAGUUUUAGAGACCUAUUCCUAGUUUAGGAUUUCAUUUCUUAAUUGGUAUUUUAUAAUUGUAUGCCUUCACUUGCUCUUAGCUUCACAAGACUCACCAUUUUAGCCCUUCACAUUGGAUUUCACUUUCUCCAAAGCCAGUGUUUCCAAAGAUGGUUUACUUCAAUAUAU